AUGCGACGGUUACAAAGUAUAGAGGUGCAAAAUUGAUUUAAUACUAAGUAUAUUAUUCCACUCCCCCAAAAUAGGAGUAGAACACGAAAAACAAAGAAUUGCAUAUGAUUGGUUGUAGAUUAAAACAAAUCCAAGGUUUGUUACACACAAUGGGGAAGGCUGUUGCUACAUUCUCUAAACCACUUCUCUGCCAAUCAAAACUCCUCUGUUUCUCUCUCCUCUACCUUCUCUCCGCCCUUUUCUCCGCCGCAUAUUUCACUUUCUCCGCCACCAGAUGCAUUUUCCGGUCAUCUCCGUUCGACCCUAUUCAGUCUCCGCUCUUCUCUUAUCCUUCCUCUUACGGCGAACACAAGCAUUCCAUCCCCACCACUCGCUCCUCAUGCAAUUCCCCUCUUUAUUUCUCUGAUUAUUUCGAUGUUUUUGAUGAAAUCCAACAUAUACUCGCGAAUUCCACAUCGUUAGGGUUGCCGCCGGCUCUGAGGUAUAAGCAGGGAAACACCGAUUCUUUCGGUGGCAAUUUUAAUAUUCAGAAAAGAUUAUCUUAUUUUGAUUAUAGUGAUGGCGAAAUCGAAAUCCCAUGUGGAUUCUUUAAACACUUUCCGAUUAGUACUUUCGAUCGAAUUUCGAUGGAGAAGUGCGACGGAGUGGUUGUGGUCUCGGCAGUAUUCAACGACCACGACAAAAUCCGGCAGCCUCGGCACCUAGGUUCCAAAACCCUAGAUCAUGUAUGUUUCUUCAUGUUUGUAGACGACGCCACUCUCAACAGAUUACACUACCAAAACCUCAUUUCAAAAAAAUCAAACAGUUACAAAAUCGGCGCGUGGAGAAUCGUUAAGGUCUCGGUCGAAAACCUAUACCAAAACGCUGCGAUGAACGGAGUGAUACCUAAAUACUUAGUCCACCGUCUUUUUCCGAACACGAAAUACAGUAUAUGGGUCGAUGCAAAGCUGCAGUUAGUGGUCGAUCCACUUUUCUUGAUCCAUUCAUUGGUUGUGAACGAGAAUGUCGAUAUCUCUAUUUCGAAACACCCGUUUUUCGUGCACACUAUGGAAGAGGCGAUGGCGACAGCUAGGUGGAAGAAAUGGUGGGAUGUUAAUGGAUUAAAGAUUCAAAUGGAGACCUAUUGUGAGAAUGGCUUACAACCAUGGAACUCAAAUAAGCUUUAUCCCACAGAUGUGCCCGACAGUGCACUAAUACUGAGGAAGCACGGUUUAGCGACAAAUCUAUUCUCUUGCCUAAUGUUCAAUGAAUUGGAAGCAUUCAAUCCAAGAGAUCAACUAGCUUUUGCGUACGUGAGGGACAAAAUGAAACCGAAACCGAAACUGAACAUGUUUGAGGUUGAAGUAUUAGAGCAGGUGGCAGUUGAAUAUAGGCACAACCUUAAACUUGGUGGGGCCGGUGUGGGUGGGCCCAAACUGAAGAGGGCGGCUGCCACCUCGGAUUUGUUUGUUAACGGGACAUGUGGCAAAUGCGAGGGAUACCUUUUAAGUAUGUGGGGAGAAUCCCAUGAUUGAUAUAGUAUUACUUUUUUUUGUUUUUUUUUUAAUACACAAGAAUAUUAUGGAAAGAUAGAACCUGCCUACCAAACAGUAGACAAGCUGGUAGUGAUUCUCUCAAUUUAAUGCACACAUGGCAAUCAUAUGUGUGUACUUGAGUUUUUGUGGGGAAA